UAAAAUGCCCACCCUUACCCUCCAUUUUUAUUCAAAAUUCAAACCCAACUCUUUACUUCGAAACCUCUCUCCACACUAUAUCACCUCAUCAUUAUUCAAAAUUCAUGCAUCAAAGGUGAAGUGAGAGUGAGAGAGAGAGAGACAGAGAUAGAGAGAGGAAAUAUGACCACUGCAAGAUUCAUCAAGUGUGUUACGGUUGGCGAUGGAGCAGUUGGCAAGACAUGCAUGCUCAUCUCAUACACUAGCAACACCUUCCCCACUGAUUAUGUGCCAACUGUGUUUGACAACUUCAGUGCUAAUGUGGUGGUUGAUGGAAGUACAGUUAACCUUGGACUUUGGGAUACCGCGGGGCAGGAGGAUUACAACAGGCUGAGGCCUCUGAGUUACAGAGGUGCUGAUGUCUUCUUGUUGGCCUUCUCUCUCAUUAGCAGAGCCAGCUAUGAGAAUAUCUCUAAGAAGUGGAUUCCUGAGCUGAGACAUUAUGCACCAACUGUACCAGUUGUACUUGUAGGAACCAAAUUAGAUUUGCGCGAAGACAAGCAGUACUUGAUUAAUCAUCCCGGCGCAACCCCAAUCACAACCGCUCAGGGUGAGGAACUAAAGAAGAUGAUUGGUGCUGCUAUUUACAUAGAAUGCAGCUCAAAGACUCAGCAGAAUGUGAAGGCUGUGUUUGAUGCUGCAAUCAAGGUUGUCCUGCAACCUCCUAAACCGAAGAGAAGGAGGCGGAAAGCAAGGCCAUGCGUGUUUCUUUAAAUAAACUUUCAUGCUAACCUUUAAUUACCUUUGUAUUAUUAAAUAUGCUUUCUCUUGUAACCAUCUUCAUACUCUUCAUUUCAUUUUAUAAGCCAAACUUAAAUUUAUGCCACUUUCUUUUUCCUUGCUUCUUUUUCUUUACUCAUCCUUUUUCUCUGUACUAUUGUUCUCCUACGCUUCAAUGAAUUCUAAAUAUACUUUCUUCUUGACUCUA